CGAAGAGGUAACAUUUCAUCAAGAUAUAAAUUAUUCAAACGACGUUUAUUAUCAAAUAAAAUGCCAAAUGUUAAAAGAGUCAACAGAGGAAAGGAAAAAGCCCGAAAGCUAAUUAACCUUGAUUCACCAGAUAUCAAAAGAAAGCUUGCCCAUAUCGAACAACAACUACUUAGAGGACAUAACGAAUACGAAGCUAGAGAGCUGUUUCACGAGUACUAUACUAUUACCGGAAAGGAACACGAACUUAGAAGAAGGCAUUCAAACUCUAAAAUGGAAAUAUUACAACAACCGCAUGAAACAAAUGAAAACGGAGAAAGCUCUAAGACGUUGCUUCCAGGAGAACAUAACGCUAAUGACACCGGAACAAAACCUAACGAACUUAUCAAUAUCGGAUGCGAACAAGAUUGUGAAAAUGGAACAACAUCUAUUCCUACAAAGUCUGAAAAUGAUGAUGAGAGCGAAACGACAACCAUUAUUAAAGGCGGAGAAAAUAUUAUUGAAAUAUCUUCGGAUGAAGAGUGGGUUGAAGAGGUCGAAGAGGAAGAACCGAACGCAUGCUGUGAUAACAUCACAAGGACAAACAGAUGCGCAGAAUUAAAGCUAGACAAUUCUGAAUACCAACCAGCAGUAUAUGGUACAACCAGAAAGAGGGCAAAUGCGAAGCAUUGGACAUAUGUACUAAGACCCACACCAUUUGCCGAUAUUUCGACGGCAAGGAAAGCGAAUUCUCGGGACAACUGCAUACACACACCAUUCUUGCAAGCUACGUCCUCGACAAAUCUGAAAGAAGCCCCGAAGGGGAGGCACUACGAAUCAGACGAGCAUACUUCCGUGAACGCCAAUACCUCUGCAGAGGAUGUGGGGAAAUUACUAGAAAACGGUACGGACACUUCUGCCACAUGUGCAACUGCAGGAUUUCGGUUAAGCACGUUACUUCCGCUUCUUACUUCAAGAAUGCUGUUGUCUACGUGCUUGACCGUGAUUAGUUACGUAAAAUCACACAUAACAUUUGACCUGGACAACAUACAGGAAGAAACAAUACUCACGAAAAGACAACCACAAAAACAACAACAAAAACAAAACUUUGCAAAUUACUUAUUUGAAAAUAAAAUUAUGAAUUCACGACAUUAUGACGACGAACUUGCCAGGAGUCCAACAUUAAGACAACUUGAAUUUACAAUACAAUUAAAGGACCUUGAAAUUAUUAAAAAGACGAUAUUUCGACAGGUAUACCUACAACAACGUAACAUAGACGUACUAACGCCUAGAAUAGUAGUAUCAAACAACAAAAAACGCUUGGGUGCUCUGAUGUUCUUUCUAUCAAACAUCGCCCUACAAAACCAAAUAUCCGUCAAUAGGCUAAAACAAUUACUUUGCAACUUUAUCUUCAAUCUCAACCACAAAAAACGAGGACUCAUUCUAUGCGGACCAUCAGAUUCAGGUAAAACAUUUCUUGCUAACUUACUAUAUUCGAACUUUAAGCCACAUGAAAUUGGGUACUUCAACUGUCCCACUGGACCUAAUCCAUCUGCUUUUCUACUCCAGGCAUUAAGUAAUUGUUUAGCUUAUAGAUGCGACGAAAUGGUUUUUGAACAUUUAGGCGUGAUUCAGUUGAUGAAACAACUAUUAGAAGGAUCAAAUACGCUUACAACAGACGUCAAGAACAAAGAUGCGAUGCCAAUCGAUCCACACCCAACUCUUAUCACCAUGAAUUCUACAUCAAAAGCCGACAUCUUAAAAUGGCAUCCUUCUGAGUAUCAGGCGUUUGAAAAUAGGUGUACGAUCCUUUUCCUAGGAACGCCAUUACUUAACAUAUUCAACGAUAAGGAAUUACAGGAAAUAAAUACCUGUGGUUCUGAAUUGCUGUAUAUGUUAAGUAUGCACAAAUUGGACAGAGACACAAAUACUGCAGGGGUAUUGGAUAAAUUUCAAGACUUUAUUUUUUUAUAAUAAACAAUAAUUGUGUAUAUAAUAUUAUUAAAAUAUAUAAU